ACUCACGCCUCACUAUGUUUACCCCCAAGCUAUCAUCCAGCCCAGCGUGGUGAUCCCCACCCCUGUGCAGUCCAUCACGUCUCCCUACAUCGACUACACCGCCGCCAGCCAAGCCUAUUCCCAGUACACCACAGCUGCCUACGAUCAGUACCCCUACGCUGCCUCCCCCGCUGCCGGCUUUGUGGGAUACGGCUACACGGGCGCAAUCACCGCCAGCAACCCAGCGGCGCCCGCCACCGCAUUCGUGCAGUACCAGCCCCAACAGCUGCAGCCCGACCGCAUGCAGUAA